AAUAGUGGGUUAAAGCCUUAAAAAAGGCUGAAGAUAUCUCACUUGCAGAAGAAGAAAACUCUCUCUCCGUCUCUCUCUAGCUCGAUCAGAUCGCCAUGACGAAGCAGCAAGCAAACUGGUCCCCUUACGACAACAAUGGAGGAACAUGCGUCGCCGUCGCCGGCGCGGAUUACUGCGUGAUUGCGGCGGAUACUCGGAUGUCCACCGGCUAUAACAUCCUCACACGGGAUUACUCCAAAAUCAUUAAACUAGCAGAUAAGUGUGUGAUGGCCUCCUCAGGGUUUCAGGCUGAUGUGCGAGCUUUGCAAAAGGUUUUGGAAGCCAGGCAUCUGAUUUAUCAACACCAGCACAGCAAGCAGAUGAGCUGCCCUGCGAUGGCUCAAUUACUUUCAAACACAUUAUACUACAAACGGUUUUUCCCUUACUACUCUUUCAAUGUCAUUGGUGGCCUUGAUAAUGAAGGCAAAGGAUGUGUUUUCACAUAUGAUGCUGUUGGAUCAUAUGAGAGGGUUGGUUACAGCUCUCAAGGCUCUGGCUCUACGUUGAUCACACCUUUCUUGGAUAACCAGCUGAAGUCCCCUAGUCCACUGUUAUUGCCUGCCCAGGAUGCUGUUACUCCUCUUUCUGAGAACGAAGCAAUUCAUUUAGUGAAGACAUGUUUUGCAUCAGCAACUGAGAGGGAUAUAUACACUGGUGACCGGUUGGAGAUAGUCAUAUUGAACUCCCAAGGGAUUCGCCGUGAGGAAAUGGAGCUUAGGAAGGAUUGAGAUUCGAUCUAUGAUCUCAUCCAUUGGCUUGCACCCUUUGUUUUACUAGUUCUGUUUUGUUGUGUUUGGCAUGCCUAGAUUCUCACAUAGUCCUGCAAUGGCGGAUUAUGUAUUUUCCGUUUUAAUAUAUAUUUGAACUGCAUUUGUUUUACAACCUUUUAAUAUGUAUUUUAUUUUUUGUGGAAAUCUUAGACCAAUAUUUUCUUGUAUUUUUGUGGAAAUCUUAGACCAAUGUUUUCUCCCCAUUACUCAUAGAGGUCAUAUUGCUUGCUGGAAUUAUUUUCACUCGAAGCUAUUGUAUGA